UCGCGUCACGUGAUCCAGUGUCGUGGGUCAUUCCUCUCUCAAAAUGGAGUUGUCUGAGUCCGUGCAGAAAGGGCUGCAGUCUCUAGCAGACGCGACGUUUUUCGACAUGAAAACCUUCUCAGUGUUGAUAGAAGUGGCUUUUCGCAGUUUGCUAUCAGCCCAUGCAGAUCGUAGUGUUCUCGAUCAGCCUGAAUUUAAACGUCUUGACCAGAAGUUGCUGAAACAUUGUCAUACUGCUGCCACGACCUGCAUACUGGAGGGGGUCAAACAAAAUGCUGACAAAUCCACUAUAAGUGCGUGCCUGGAGGAUGUUAGUUUUGAUGCUGAGAGAACAGAAGUAUUCUACACUACAUACCAGAAAUAUAAAAGUGAUCUGGAAACUCUAUUGUCAAGUUUAGGGAGAUGCCCACCUCAUAUCAAUGACGUGUCCUGGCGUUUGGAGUACUGUAUCAAGAACGGGCAUGUGCAUAAGGUCAACGAGCCGUCCUAUCUGAUUUCAUUAAACGUUGAGAAUGCCAACAACGGAGGAUCGUCAGAAGAUGUACAUUUUAGCUGCACGAUGGAACAACUUCAGGAUUUGGUGGGAAAGAUGAAAGACGCUGCCAAGAGUCUGGAGAAGGCUACGCAGUUGUAAACUUGCGUUGUGCUCGAAGCGCCCUGCAAGAACUGUGGACUCCGGUUUCUCACGUGACCCAAUCUUCUCAUCUGCUCCUCUCUUCUCAAAGCAAUGAAGUUCAGCGAUUUCAAGCGGCGUUGAUAUUAUUUGUGUCCGCAUUGUAUUUUAUACAAAUUUAUUUCAUAAGUAUAUAUACUGUUGGUUGUCCGUUCUGCAAAGGUGUAUUGUUAUCAAUAAAUAGGUUCAAUGAAA